AUGCCUCGCCCAAAAACCAAGACCAAGAGCGAAGACCUCGCCCGCAUUCGCAAUAAUCAACGUCGAUCAAGGGCAAAACGCCUAGAAUAUAUCCGAGAAUUAGAGGGAAAAGCCAAAAAAUAUGACGAAUUAAUGGCAUCGACACAUUCACCAUCGCUAUCAGCAUUUGAUAAAUUGCAAUCCGAAAAUGCCUGGAUGAGAGGGUUAUUGGCUACCCUAGACAUCAACUUCAACUCUUUGGAUGCACCCCCGGAAGCAUUCACGACAGCGAACCAAAUAUGGUAUCUGCGAUUACAGGCUCGUUGA